CCUGGGAAGAUGGCGGCGGCGGGAGCGUCGGUUUCGGUGCCGAUAGCCGACUUCGCUUGUGCGGAUUUCUCCGACUUGCGGGGGAUCAAGAAACAGCUGCUGGAUGUGGCGGAACGGAGCCGGGAACGCGGCCUUCAGCAUAGUGGGAAAUGGGCCUCAGAACUGGCCUUGGCUUUGGACCCUCUACCCUUGAAUGAACUGCCUCCUGUUCCUGAACUUACAGAGGAAGAUGCUUGCGAUUUGGAUGCUUACACUCUUGCCAAAUCUUACUUUGAUCUAAAAGAAUAUGACAGAGCAGCCUACUUUCUAAGAAAUUGCAAGAGCCCAAAAGCUUAUUUUUUGUAUAUGUACUCCAGAUACCUGUCUGGUGAGAAAAAGAAAGAUGAUGAGACAGUGGAUAGUCUAGGUCCCUUAGAGAAGGGACAGGUGAAGAAUGAAGUUCUGAGAGAAUUAAGAGUUGAACUUAGCAAGAAGCAUAAAGCCCGAGAAUUGGAUGGAUUUGGACUUUAUCUGUAUGGAGUUGUAUUGCGAAAACUGGAUCUAGUGAAAGAGGCUAUUGACGUGUUUGUUGAAGCAACCCAUAUCCUGCCAUUGCAUUGGGGAGCCUGGCUGGAGCUUUGCAACUUGAUCACAGACAAAGAGACGCUGAAGUUCCUGUCCUUGCCAGAUACCUGGAUGAAGGAGUUCUUCCUGGCACACAUAUACACAGAGCUGCAACUGAUAGAGGAGGCCUUGCAGAAGUACCAGAGUCUCAUAGACGUUGGGUUUUCCAAGAGCACCUACAUAAUCUCCCAGAUUGCAGUGGCCUAUCAUAACAUUCGAGUACUUAUCUCUUUCCAAAAUCGGCCAGGUAUGAAGCCCGAAUUGAGCUAUUUGGCCCAUAACCUAUGUGAGAUUGACAAGUAUCGUGUAGAAACUUGCUGUGUAAUUGGGAACUAUUACAGUUUGCGUUCCCAGCAUGAGAAAGCAGCCCUCUAUUUCCAGCGAGCCCUGAAACUGAAUCCUCGAUACCUUGGAGCAUGGACCCUUAUGGGGCAUGAAUACAUGGAGAUGAAAAAUACAUCAGCAGCUAUUCAAGCAUACAGACAUGCCAUUGAAGUGAAUAAAAGAGACUACAGAGCAUGGUAUGGACUGGGGCAAACAUAUGAGAUUCUCAAGAUGCCAUUUUACUGCCUUUAUUAUUACCGGCGAGCCCAUCAACUCAGACCCAAUGAUUCCCGUAUGCUUGUUGCUCUCGGAGAAUGUUAUGAAAAAUUAAAUCAGCUAGUAGAAGCCAAAAAGUGUUACUGGAGAGCAUAUGCUGUAGGGGAUGUGGAAAAAAUGGCACUGGUGAAGCUAGCAAAGCUUCAUGAGCAGUUGAAUGAAUCAGAACAGGCUGCUCAGUGCUAUAUCAAAUACAUCCAAGAUAUCUAUUCUUGUGGGGAAUUAGGGGACAACUUGGAAAUAAGCACUGCCUUCCGCUACUUGGCUCAGUAUUACUUCAAGUGUAAGCUCUGGGAUGAAGCCUCAGCCUGUGCUCAGAAAUGCUGCGCCUUCAAUGAUACAAGAGAAGAAGGGAAAGCUCUUUUGCGACAAAUCUUACAGUUACGAAAUCAAGGGGAGACAUCAACUACAGAGACAGCCACGCCUUUCCUACUUCCUUCUUCCCUCUCUGCCAACAACACUCCAACCCGCCGAGUGUCCCCACUGAAUUUGUCCAAUAUUACACCUUGAACUGAACUACCUUUCUGUGCUGGCUCAGUUGAGAGGAUGAUCCUGUGGUAAACUGGGUCUUCCUCUUGAGGAAGGCUGUUGUAUUCAGUUCGGAUGGCUGACAUCACGUUGCUGAGGACGACUGUCUGUUGUAUUGUAACCAUGAAAUGGUAAUAGCUCAGACUGUGUAGCGAGCUGAAUUCACGUACAUCUCAGUCUUCUUACAAGUCUGGCACCUGAGUGUGAGAGAUAAAACCUCUCUUUACACUGG